AUGAAAUUCCAGGUCCGAUUUGACACUCGGAACGUUUUCAAUGGCCUAGUUUUUGUCGAAGAUCAUUUAUCAGAUCCUGAAUGCCGGUCAUCAACAGUGAAAGGUCUUAAUAAGAAUGGCUGUAAUGCCUCUUUGAAGCUGGGUUUUAGAGGAUGUGGAAUUGAAAGAAGGCGCUCAAAUGAUCCAAAAGGAAUGUUUAUAACCACAUCUCUAAUAGUCGCUUUUCAUCCUGAAUUUCUUACAAAAAUUGAUCGAGUUUAUGUUGUUCAAUGUUUUUAUAUGGAAAUGGAAAAAAUCUUACAAAAAGAUAUACAAAUAAAAAUGCCUUCUCCGCCGCUGCAAACGGGACAAGUGCCUAUGCCUAUUUGCCGCUAUGAAGUGUUGGAUGGUUCGCCAAGUGGACCUCCGAUAUUUUAUGCAACUAUAGGGCAAAUGGUAUAUCACAAAUGGACAUGCGAAGCAGAAAUUGAGAAUCAAUUUUGCAUGAUCGUACACAGUUGUUACGUUGAUGACGGUAAUGGUGAUCGAGUUCAACUGAUUGAUCGAAACGGAUGUGCACAAGACAAGUAUUUAUUGCAAAACUUGGAAUAUUUAUCUGAUUUAAUGGCUGGGAAAGAAGCACACGUUUAUAAAUAUGCCGACCGACAAUCAAUGUUUUUUGAUUGCCAGAUUACUUUAACAAUAAAAGAGCAACAGCAGAUUGCUUGUCCGGUAAAUUAA